AGCGAUAGUCAGCAGCACACUGUGGUGGCAGAUCAGCGGGGCGGUGCGCAUCGCGGGAUAAAGCUACACUGUAUUUCAUCCUAAAAAGCAGGAGAAAAAAGGGGGGCGCAUCCCACCAUUUCCAGAGUUACAACAACUUCACCGACCCGGUGUUCUGAUCUGUCCGGCUGGCCGUGGCUGCAGACAGGGAAAACCGGGAACUUAAGGAACUAAAACAGGGACGGUGCCAGCAGAUUAUCUGUUAGGUGCUGUGUCCGUUUUGCAGACGGAAGGAAAAGGCGACAGACACUUCCUCGGAGGAACUCUCCAAGUGUUGGAAACUUCCCAGCGCAGCAUCGAUCGAGGACCUCCCGCCCACUUUACCUCUGAUCCACAAUAGGCUACUGGAAGGGGGAGAGAGAGAGUUCUGCAGCCGCUGCGGUGGAUGGAGCAACAAAGGCUAGAUGUUUAAACUAGAAGAGCUCCUCUGAUUAGAACCCAACUCUCCCUUCUCUUCUCGCCUUCUGUUUCCUACAAGACUCCAUCACCUAAUCGGCAAAUCUGCAGCCUCUUGGAUCACAGUUCGGGGGCCCGGCCAGGUUCUACUAACUCUCCGCCAGCCAGGGAAUCGCCGCAGACGUGCAAUUGAUGCUUUGGUACGGUGAAGCGAGCACCGAUCCUCUAGUUUUGCGAAAGUCUGCUACUGCUCAUUGACGGAGGUAGACUAGUUGGGACCGAGGUGGGAUUUGCAGAAGUUGCAUGCUCGGUCUUCGUCGUCUCGAGUGAGCCCUAUCCAUCCACUCUCGGGUUACCAGAGAAGAUCCGGAUAGUUGAGGUGCCAUGGCGAUUUGUGUGGGGAUAUGGAUACUCCUGUUGGCGCUGCACAUCCAAGCUGGCAAUGGACAGAUGGUACAGAUGGACUCCAGUAAGUCUGGCUUUGUGGGUACACAAGUGGAACUGCGCUGCAUUUUCAUCAACAGUAACCCGCCAGUCAAGAUCUCUCAAGUCACCUGGCAGAAGUUCCUCAACGGCACGAAACAGAACGUGGCCAUAGCCAACCCGGCCCUCGGCGUGUCCGUCCUGCCACCCUUUAAGGAGCGGGUCAGUUUCAAGCAGGCGGCGGUUCGUCAUCGUACGCCCUCACUGGAGGACACCACCAUCGUGUUCUCCAACCUGCAGCUGUCCGAUGAAGCUGCCUACAUCUGCGAGUAUACCACGUUUCCUGCGGGCAACCGGGAGAACAUGGUCAACCUCACUGUGUUUGCUUGGCCUAUGACACGUAUGACCUUGACAACGCCCACUAUUGUGGCCAGGGCUCAAAAACGCAAGAUGACCGUUGCCACUUGUGUAUCAGCCAAUGGUAAGCCCCCAAGUGUGAUCAAAUGGGACACCAGGUUGAAGGGCGAAGCCACUUUCCAGGAGACUCGCAACCAAAAUGGGACAGUGACGGUACGGAGCAACUACGUGGUGGUACCGAGCCGCGAGACCCACAAACAGAAGCUGACAUGCAUCGUGACAUACCGAAAUGAAAAGAUUACAGACAGCGUGGUGCUCAAUGUGCAGUAUGAACCUGAGGUGAAGAUCGAGGGCUUUGAUGGAAACUGGUACUUGAACCGUCAGAAUGUUAAGCUGACCUGCAGUGCUGAUGCAAACCCCCCUGUCACGAUCUACCAGUGGAAACUUUUGAAUGGCUCCCUGCCCAGUAAUGUGGAGAUCAAGAACAACACCCUGUUCUUCAAAGGGGCAGUGACCUACGACCUGGCCGGCACGUAUGUCUGUGACGCAACCAACGGCAUCGGGACUCGCACCGGCAUCGUGGACGUCAACAUCACAGAAUUCCCUAACCACCCGUCUGGGGAACCUGACAGCACGCAGGAGCCGCACAGUGCAAGUGCCGCCAUCGGGGGUGCUGUGGGGGGAGUUGCCCUAUUGGGCGUGGCGGCCAUACUGCUCUUCAUAUUCCUGCGCCGCCGCCAGCGCACCUUCAAGGGAGACUACAGCACCAAGAAACAUGUGUUCGGUAACGGGUACAGCAAGGCCGGUGGACUGCCCGCUCACCCCCCCAUGCCCAAGAACCUGCCGUACCCAGAUGACUCGGAUGAUGAGAAGAAACCCGCCCAGAUUGGCGGCCCUGGAGGGUUUGAGGCAAGUGAGCGCGAUUUUGACGCCGAAGCCGAGGACCUGAAGAGGCCCUAUUUCACUGUGGACGAAGGGGAGAGCCGAGAUUAUGACGAGCGGACUCUGGCCUUCCAGUAUGACCCUGAACCUGAGAUAGCCGAUGAUAUGAUCUCUCAAACCGACGGCUCUGUCAUUUCUAAGAAAGAGUGGUAUGUGUAGUGGCAUGCAACAACCAAACCAAACAACCCUCUGUCCCCCACCUGCAUUUCACUGCACCUUUCACCUCCAUCACAACCCCACCCUUUCAUUUGUCAAACUGCACCCAUCACAGUCCUAUUCCUCUUUUGGUCAACCUAGUACCCCCUCCCCUGUGACUACUCCCCCAUCAGAUCCCAUCCAACUAAUCUCAAUUAGAUCAAGCGUCUAUUUAAAGUGCUAGCAGCAUCAACUUCUCAGCACGACUGCAUUGGUGUCAGUUCCAUCAGAUAAAUGGGCAAAGAAUAAAAACUAAGGUAUGUAAAAGGACUUGUCGUCACUGACCUACAAGGCCAGGGAGGUGAUUGGUUGAUUAAUACUGGUGUAUUAUUCUUUUUGUGUAUUUUUUUCAUGUUAUAAAUGUAUUAAAUGUAUAAAAAGAGUCUGCAGGUUGAGGUUUUGCUGAGCACAUUCGUGAAAGUCCUACACUGGAUGUACGAUUUGUUUUUGUUUCUUUUUUCUCUUACCAUUGCCGUUUUGUUAUUUUUUUAUGUCUUUUUGUACUAUUUUUAAGUGAGCAGAGAAUUGAGAGUUAAAUGUCUGACAUAAUUACUGAUGGAGUUCAAGUGUUUGUAAGUUUGUGGUCAAAUGUUUCAGAGGAAGAAAAGAAAUUACGCCAUACAGCACCUGUAUCAUUUCUCGUGUUUGUCAUUGGGGUUAGCGUCCAUGAAGUGGUUCACUUUUGUAUAUUUACAGCAUUAAAAGCAGAUACGUUAUUGCUGUUUUCCAAAGACAUGCUUAGUAUUUCUUGACCCUCUGUGUUUAUACGCUUGAUCCGUUUCUUUACUGAGAGGGAGUCCGUCUACUGAGCCGUAUUGACAUAAGUAACAGAUAAAUAUAUUGAGUGUUUUCAAUUUUCAGUCAUGUUAAACUAGUUCCCACAUCAGUGAAUCUGAGUAGCAGGGGAGAGAAGGGCUGCAAUCAUAUUAUACCCAACAACUUCUGCUUUUCAGUGGUGCACCACAAUCACGUCCAAGAAGAGGUUUGGUGAGUCUCACAGUGAAACCUUCAAUAAUGCUCUGAAAUGUCAUGACUGUCACUUGACUUGAACAGGUUGACCUGUGUACAUGAGCUCUAAAUCUUACCACUAUAAUGAGAUGUCUGUUUUCUUGUGCUGGGUUGUCAUAAUCAUGUUUUGUUCUGACCCUUUUUUUUUUUAAUCAAAUGGAUGUCAGAGAAUAGUGUCUGGGGAAUUUACCAAUAAUGACUUUGUCUCUGCUUAUAAUUGUGUGACUUUGUACUGAGGAAUUGGCUUAAGCCACAAUUCACAUUUCACCAACAGCAUUUUCUACGAGGAGUCGUCCAUGGACACAAAGGACACGGAUAGGAGAAAAAUGAUUCUUUUAUUUACAUCUUCAGAGAAAACAUUUUACCAUGUAAAGGGAAAAUAUUACGGUGACCAUGCUGGAGUGUAGUAAGUCACCUGCUGCUUUCAUGAUUUUUUUGAUCUAUCUCCUUUUUCUUUCUGAAACAAUUCUCAGUAGCUGUUUGGGGGAUUUUAAAGGAGUGAUUGGUUGUCCUUCCCUUAAUGUUGGCAUCUGAAUCUGCCAGUAGGGAUGCAAUGACCCUGUCUGAGGUGAUUAUUGAUAUCUGGCUUUUUAAGUAAUUGUUAACAAGUGCCAGUGGAUGCUAGUGUAGCAAAUGUCCUGUUUCUCUCCUCAGCGUUGAGGUCCAUUCCACAAUCAGCAAAAUGUAUUUGCUCUAAACAAAAGAAGUUCAAUGUGAAAUAUCGGAUAAAAAGGAAACAAAGGAGUAAAUCUGUGGAUAUAAACAACAUAUCUGACUGGCUCUGAACAAUAUAAAUACUGUAUUAAGCCUUAUUUUAUGCAUGUUUUUUGUGUGGGAGUGGAAGUGCGUAUGUUGCUAUUUUUUCUGUAUCAAUUCCAGUGCGUUUGUCCUCAUUUGCAGCUCAAAAGACAGCACUUUGUCAGUGUUGUCAGUAUUGACAGAGGUAUGAGUUUAUGGGCACACAGUACCCAGCAACAAUAUUGCAGUUAACACACAAAAAAGUAUAUAAAUAUAUAUAUAUAAAUAUAUAUAAAUAAAGAUGAAAAAAAUAACAUCUCUGUGAGAGCAGAUCUAUCUGCCAGCCAGAGAUGUGAAUGUUUUACAGUCCAUGCUUGUCUACUGUAUGUUUUUAGAUGAGCAUGUUAAUCAUGAGCCUCAAACUAUAUUGUAUUUUCAACUCAAAUUAACACAACAAAAUGGGAGAUACCAUGUUCUUAUUAAAAGUUCAGCUUUAUAUUCUUUUGAUUUUGGUUUAGUUCGGUUUCAUUUCUUCAGCUUUAUUUUUUCAACAUAUCCACUAUAAUUAGAGAGCGAUACAAGGUUUGUCACAGAAAGUUUUAGAGAGCGAAAACUUUUUGACAGUGCCGGGGUUGCUCCUUUCAAAGUACAAGGCAAAUUACAGUUUUAUGUCCUUUAGUUUAUUAAUCACCUGCGGAUGAGCUGUUUUGCUGUGAUUUUCAGUUCAAUAGUUUGCAUCCAGCAUGACAAAAAUGAAACGCGAAAAGCAUGUUUUUUUUUUCUUGCAUUCAGUGCCUAUCAAAAUUAGGAGGCUUUAUGUAGCCUGUUGUUGAAGUUAUUCAUACCCAGAAUAACAUGAUAAAUAAUACUGAAGUAUGAAAUGCACUGCAAACUUCUCUAAAUCAGACAAAUGAUGGUUUCUUUUAGUUAGGAUGAAUUUUAGUUAAUGUUAUUUCAUCUGAGCUCUAAAAUGCUACUAACAAUGCGUCUGUACGUGAUCUUAAAAUCAACCGAUGUCUUAAAAGCUGCACCCGUAACCAAGUUAAAGUUUAAUGAUGGCUAAAUGGUUAUACAGUACUUUUUUCUCUAAAGAGUUCUGAAAAGAUCUGACUUUUGCAACUGAGUCACACAUUUUUCUAAGCACAAUUGAAAGUAAUCCAGUGAAAAGAGAUUUAGCUUGUAAAUUUAUAUUUACAAAAUGCAACAUUGGCCCAAAGCAAAACCAACUCCACCUCCCCCCUUUUAAAGCACAAGUUUAAGGUUUCAUUUUACCUUUUUUCUGCAUCUAUUUUGAAAUCCACUGCCACGCUUGCUUCUCAGACGUGUCAGAGAGAGAAAAACCUUUCAGAUUUGAGUUAACAGUCUGUAUACUGGUAGAUGUAAACAUUGUCUUCAUGUUGUCAGGGUGUUAUGAGUUUCUAUUUUGUAAUACUGACUGUAACUUCAUUCCAUCCUAAUCUACUUUUUGUAUUCAGUAUGUUCAACAUUCCACUGUAAAUACUGUACAUAAGGUUGAGAUUAUAGUUGGGAUUUAUUUAGGGACAACUGCGUAGGGACCCCGUUCAUGUAAAAUAGACCUAUUUUGACUGCAAACAUAGAGACUCGAUGAUGGAUAGAUGAAGUUGAUACAUAGCUUAUUUCCAAAGUCCCACCUAAAAACGCUCCUCCAGUACGUUUUUAAUAUGCCACUAGCGGCUUCACUGUCAUACAAAGGGGUGAUGCAUACAGUUUGUCGAUUUAAUGUUAUUGAAAGAAAAAUGAAAAGAGAGAAAUUGUCUGUAUGCAGCCAUGUGAAUGUAUAUUUCUGAGGGUGUUACAAAUAUGAAAAAAAAUCUCUUGUUCAAUCGUGAUGACCCGGUGAAGUAACUUGUAUUUGUUUUAAGCAUUAAAUGAGUUCAAUAGUCAA